UCGUUUCAGGUGAGCGGGAGGGAAAGAUGGCGGCGCUGCUGGUGUUCCCUGCCCCGCUCCCUCUCCUCCGCCGCCUUCUCCGCAGCUGCUGGGCCCCGCCGGGCGGCCACAGUCCUCCUUGGGCUCCUGCUUUGGCUAUACAGACUCCAGCGUCUCUGCUGGAACAUGUGGAGGAGAAGACUGAAAGUGAGGAAUCUCCAAGUUUUUUAGACAGCAUAUUCUGGAUGGCAGCUCCAAAGUCAAGACGUACCAUUGAAGUGAAUCGUUGUCGGCGAAGGAAUCCUAGGAAGCUUAUAAAAUUAAAGAGAAACAUAGAUGUCUGUCCUCAGUGUGGCAACCUGAAACAGAAGCAUAUUCUUUGUGGCUAUUGUUAUGAGAAAGUAAAAAAGGAAACCUAUGCCAUAAGAAAGCAAAUGGGGGUAUUGGAAGGAGGUCCCCAUAGGGCUCCCACCGUAGAGACUGUUGUGCUGUAUGAUGGGGAGACACCCAGGGACAAAGAUGAAGGCAAGCGGAUUAUAGAACGAAACAGGAAACGUCCAUCUUGGUUUACACUGGACUGAUCAUGGAGGAACCCACUGUUUAUAAAGUACAACCAUUUCUGAUAAUUAUCAGAAUACACAUUCUCAAGAAGCAACUUUAUUUCUAAUACACAUUUGCAGUUUAAUGUCAUUGUUCACUAUAUAUUUUUUAAGAUUCUAAAAAGGGAGUAAAGUGUGACCAUUUUGCAAAAUGUGACUCAUUUUUCAUUUGGAAUAAUAUGGGUACUAUAGAAGUACCCAAUGUAAAGUUAGUAGUGUAACAACUCUUGCCAACAUUUUGCAUGACUAAAACUGUCAGGGAUAUCUCUGAAAAAGAACAGCUCAUAGUGCAAUGUUAUAGCACUGUGACUUCAUUUGAUCCAUGUCUAUCAGUUUUGUUGACCAUGUUGCAGGCUAAAAUUGGCUGUUUUGGGAUAGAUUGUUUUCCCCCUGCAUGUACCUUGCUUUCAAGGUACGUUGCAUUUUCUAAGUUGCUUCCCUCCCCACACAUACUUUUCUGAAUUAAAGCAUGAUUAACCUGCAUUUGAAAACCAAAAUAAAGCAUAUUCAGUUUUAUAACAA